GUCGGAGUCCGGGCACGUUGCGGGCAACCAUGAGCUGCGGACGGCUGAGCUCCCUGGCGUUGCUGGGCUGCCUCCUGCUCGCCAGCUCCUGCGGCAGAGGAGAUGCAGAAACAAAUGUAGAAGUUUCCGUGCCAGAUGUGGUAGAAGCUGAAAUUGGGGAAACAGCUGUAAUCAACUGCGAGUUCUCCCUCCCAGAGAACAGCAGCCUCGCUUACAUCAACUGGUUCUCUGGGGAAAAAAUCGCACGGAAGAGAAUCAUCUCCUUGCUCCAAGACAAAGAAGACUGGGAAGAAGACCAGUACAGAGAUCAUCUGAACAUCGCCAAGAAUUUCUCCCUCGUCAUCAAGAAGGUCACUCCGCAAGAUGCCAAGUUCUACAUCUGCCAAGUGGGACUCGGCAGUGUCGGCGUUGGUGAGAACCGGACCAAGCUGCAGGUCUCAAAAGCCCCGGAACCCCCUGAGGUUCAGCUGGCAAAAGAUGGAUUCCGAGCCGCUGAGCCCACCCUUCAAGAGAUAGCAACUUGUACCGCCCGCAACAGCUUUCCAGCUCCAAGCAUCGUAUGGUACAAGAACAGGGAAGCCCUGCACCCCAAAGAUGAAGAAACAGGGAUCCAUGCCACAGUCAUCACGGAAUCCAGCGGGCUGAUCACCAUCCGCAGCAUGCUUUCGGCCCGAGUCGCCAAAGAGGAUCGCGAGGCCCAGUUUCAUUGCCAAGUCAACUAUACCCUGAUGGGGACAAACAAGACCGCCGUGUCAGAGAGCUUCCACAUCAACGUUUUGUAUGCCACCCAAAACCUCAGUUUUACGCUGGACCAAUUGAACCAAGAGUUGAAGGAAGGAGACAACGUGACCUUAAUCUGUGAAGGUGAUGGGAAUCCACCUCCUGAAUACACUUUAUUCAAGACUGAGGACACCCAGUACUCGCCCCCAGACGGGAAGCUGUUCUUUCCCAGCGUCGUGAGAAACGACAGUGGUCUCUAUUGGUGCAAAGCCCUGGAUUUGCACACCCUCGAUGAACUAAUCGCUUCGGUGGAUCUGAUGGUAAACUACCUCGACGUGCCCACCAUCUUCUCAGUUGGACCCCAGGAACCAAUGGAAGGAGAAGACCUGGUCCUGACCUGCUCCACCACAGGAUCCGGACCUUUGAAAUACCAGUGGAAGAAGAAAGGGAAGCACAUCGGAGACGGUGCGGUUCUGAACUUGACUUCCAUCACCUAUGAGAAAAUGGGCAAUUACACCUGCGUGGUGACAAUGCCUGACUUCCCAGGUUGGGUGCGGUCCCGGCACAUUGUUAUUGCUGUUCGAGCAAAGCCACAGAAGGUGCCCGUGGAGCAGAAUCUGAGCGUCCAGGAAGGGGAGGUGGUGGAUUUGACCUGCACCUUCUACUCGGUGCCUCGGAUGAACAUCUCCUGGAGUGCAAGCAACGGCACGGUACAUACAUCCAGACGGAAAUACUACUACAACAGCACUCUCUCGGUGCUGGUCACCAAGGAAAUCCUUACAUCGGGUCUCAACUGCACUGGUGAAAAUGAGUUGGGGUCAGAGAAUCAACACUUCCCACUCAGGCUGAAAACCCAAGUCCGUUCCGAAAAACCGGAGACCCGAGCGCAGGAGAGCAAAGGAGUGAUCAUUGUAGCCGUCAUCGUCUUCCUGCUGGUCUUCGCCGUCCUGGGGGCCGUCCUUUACUUCCUGCACAAGAAAGGCAAGCUGGCUUGCGGGCGCUCCGGCAAACAAGAAAUCACGAGGCCCGAAGCACAUAAAGACGAGAUUGUAGUUGAAGUAAAAUCAGAUAAACUUCCCGAAGAGGCAGGCCUUCUGCAGGGUGCCAACGGUGAGAAGAGAUCGCCAGGUGACCAGGGAGAGAAAUACAUCGAUCUGAGGAACUGAAGAGAGAGAACCGGCCGUUUUCUUCGAGUUUUUCUCCUGCCCCUCCCUCUUAAAACAUUCAUCCCAUACUCCAUCAUUCAGACACGCAAGUAACCAACAUCGCACGGAAAGAAAGCAGUAUGGGACACUUUGCAGCCUUGCCUUCUUCUGUCUUUUCAAAGGGGUUAUGAUUUUUCAAAGAGGACGACAAGGAAAGGUGAUUUGAGGCACUGUAAUUUCACAACAUUUGUGUUAAGAGGAAGGUGGGCCGGCAGAUCUGUGCUGUUCUGUGUAUGUUGUUGUUUGUGUUUGCAUUCCGGGUUUUACAAAAGAAGGGAACAAAAAGGUUUAAGUUGGCACAAUUGAAUACUGGCCAAGCCAGUCAGUUCUGAAUGAAAACUUACUAUGCUGUUCUUUUAACGCCCAAUUUGUAAGUCUGGAGCACAGGAUAAUGUGUUAAGAAGCUUGGUUUCCAGUUAAGGAUGUAAAUUGAAAUGUUUGUUUAAAAAGCAUGUCCAAGAUGGAGAAUGGUUGAAGUUGAACCGAAGACGUCGCGUCUCAAAAGUGAAAAAGGAAGAAGCACAUUUGAAGUUUUUAAGGACACUCGCUGGGGAAUUCGUUCGGUGAAUAUGUGAAAUGUUCUUUCCAUGGCUCUUACUUAGGAUAGGAAUGAGGCAAUGCUUUUCAAACUUGGCAACUUUUAAGAACUCUCUUAAAGUUGAAGCCCGCACGUCCUAAAGUCGCCAAGUUUGAAAAAUGCCGGAAUAAGGGAAUUUUUUUUUUGUACAAACUGUACAGUGGCAUAUUAUCAGAAAUCUCCAGCUAGUCCCCUCUCCCCUCCAGCUGCAACAAAAUCCAUGUUCAAGUCCGCAGUUCCUGCCAUACCUUUUGCUAAGGCAGCUGGGCGGUGCCCACUUCUCCCUCGGCUCCAGCGAGAGAAAAAUGGGGAUUGGAGAUGCCAUUCUUGGGUUUCUGUCCAGCUGAGACCCUUGGAGGAAGAUAAAUAGGCAGCUGCCACUGCCAGAGACCGAAUACCGAAGAUGUGUUUAGAUGCUCUGGUGUGUUAAUGGUCUUCCAAUGUCUUAAGAACUUAUCCCUCCUUGGAAUGGAUAAGAUCUCUAUGUGGACAUAAACUCAAGCUUUCUUUUUUCUUUCUUUCUUCUUUCUCCUUCCUUCCUUCCCUUCUCUUCUUUCUUUCUUCCCUUCCUUCUCUUUUUCUUUCUUUCUUCUCCCAGGAUCUUCUGGCUGCUGUUUCCUAUUUUCACCUUUCAGAAACUUGAGGCUGGGGUAUCCAACUAAAGACUUGUGGACUUCAACUUCCAAAAUUCCUUGGCCAGGAUUCUGGGAAUUGAAGUCCACAGGUCUUAAGAGCUGCCAAAGUUGGGACACCCCUACCAUACAGUAAAUACCUUGCUUUGAAAACACUCCAUCGGGUUAAAAGGG